ACACUCUCCCAUUCCACACUCCUCACUCCCUUUGCUUCUUUAGCCUCCAUUUCUCAACAUACUCCGCUGUUGCUCAUGAUCUACACUCUCUUUGCUUCCCCGCUUCCUCCUGCUUCUCCUCUUUGUCUCAAAUCUUCUUCUUCAUUAUCAUCGUCAUCAUCUGUCUCUGCUUUGCACGUUGUAGAUUUGCACUCUGCAUUUGUCUCAAGUGGCUUGCAUCAUUAUCACACACCACUUCCACUUCUCUGUUCUGGACCUCACCAUGAUGCUUGUGUCUGCAAGGGAGUUGAUUGUUCUAGAUUGAAGUGGGGAGAGUGCGGAAAGAGACAGAGACAGAGAGGAAGAGGUGUAGCUUCUGCACCUGAGUGCACUGUGUGAUUGUAGGGAUUCGCUGGAUGGUUUGUGAAGAGUUAUUGGUGAUAGCGAGCGAGUGGGGGGGGGGGGGGGGGGUGCAUCCUUGCAGAGGAGAGAAUUUAGAGUUUUUGGAUGCGGGUGUUUGGAUUGAGCUUCCCAUGUGGAUUUGUGUCGCUUGGGUAUGAGAUUGGCGAAGGUGAAGCUGCUGCCGGCUCCUCUGAGUUUGGACCUCGUUUUGGGAGUUUUUACAUGGUGGCGGCGUUUGUGGGAUGGGUGCUGCAUUGAGGAAGGCUUAUCCUGGGAGGCCCGUCUUGUGGAAUUUGAGUAGAUUUUGAAGUUUCCUCUAGACCCCUCGCGUGUACACGGGCAGGCCGCCGCCAGGACAGGCGGAGGUUUCAUUAGAUUCCGAAUCCUGAACUUAGCAUGAAUGUUGAAUCACCGCAACGCGGCUGCUGAAUCUGCAUGUUUAGUGUGUGAUUCUCAUGAGAGUUCUGUGGAGAGGAACAAUUCCCUAGGCAGUGAUCAUGCUAUCAAUUCCGAGGCGGAGAAAGUUCGUGGCGGCUGGGAUCUUGCAAUCCAGAAGCGCAGACGAGGGGCGCAGCAGAUUGAACCGCUUGGCUGCGGCAGCGUAGAUUGUUGGCGUUCUUGGGGAAAUGGAGCCCGAGAUCUGGACUUCAGGUGGAGCCGUGUGGCGAUUUGGCCUGGGCGGCGAGUUCAUGCAGCUUAGAAUUCGAUGGCCGAUAAUUUUUAAUCUCCUUUCAUAAGGUGUGCCUUACUUCCAAUUUCUUGUAGCAAGUAGUCCUAGGGCGCCGCCGACGCAAGGUGCAUGCUGGCAACUGCAUGCGCUAGAGCAUAUCUGAAAACUCUAGCGAAUCACUUAAACAUUGACAUUGUAAGCUGGGGAUUCAGGGUAGGCUUUCUCAGCUGGGGUAUUUAAAUCUCGGAAGUAGAAUAAAUAAAUAAAUAAAUAUAUAUAUAUAUAUAUAUAAAUAAAUAAAUUUUGGCAAUCUGGCAUCCUUGAAUUCGAAGCGAGGUUGCGAGGUUUUCCAUCAACUUGGCUUAAGCAGAGAUGACCUAGAUUGGAUUUAGCAGCGCACAUUCAGGUGUAGCAGCUGACUAAUAUUCGGGUUGCAGAGGGUGUAUCUGACGCCGACACUGAACUAAAGAAUUCGUGGAAUGAAAAUGAGGAUAUAUGACGGGGCGGGGAUUCCAGUAUAUGGGUUCGGUAAUCAAAUGCAAUGACGGACAAGUCUUGCAUUUUCUCUCAGAUCAGGUUCUUCUACAGCGACGAAUGUUGUUCUCCUGUACUUGCAGCUGCUAGAGGUUAAAUUAAUCAGAGCUAGGAAACAGAACUUAGCAAGAAUCAAAAAUGGAUUUUAAAGAUGCGCAAAAGCCGCGGGGUUGGCUGUGGAAGAAGAAGAAUGGCUUCGGGGAAGGUGGCACUUCUCCUCCUACGGUGAAACUUUUCGACGAGCAGGAAGUUGCCAGGAUACUCGAAGAUCAAAUCCGGUGCCAGAAAGAAGAAAUGGACAACACUCUUCGUGAAGUUGACGAAAAGUACAGCGAGAAAGAAAGGGCCAUAAAUGAGAAGUUGAACAAGGCACUGGCGGAGAUCACUGUGAAAGAUAACCUCGUUAAGCAGCACAUCAAAGUCGCUGAGGAGGCUGUGACUGGGUGGGAGAGAGCAGAGAACGAUGCGGCGGCGUUCAAGCUGCAGCUCGAGUGCGCUUUGCAACAGAAGCUGGCCAACGAGGACCGUGUGGAGCAUCUAGAUGGCGCCUUGAAAGAGGUGAUGAAGCAGCUUCGUGGCGCGCGUGAGGAGCAAGAGCAGCGCAUCCACGAAGCCAUUGUAAAGAAGACGCAAGAGUAUGAUAAGCUCCGGCUGGAAAUGGAGUCUAAACUGACGGAAGCGUCGCACAUGGUGGCGCAAACGCGAGCCGAGCUCAUUGAGUCUCGAGCCGAGAACAAAGUUCUUACUCAUGCCUUGCAGGAGCGUUCGAGGGUUUUGGCAGAAGUGAAUGAUAAAAGGGCCCGUGCAGAGACUGAGAUGAAAGUUCUUCAGGUGCGGCUCAAUGGAAUGGAGAAAGAAAACAUUGCUCUCAAGUGUAAUAUCCACCUGAUAACUAAGGAGCUUGAGACUCGUAUGUCAGAGCUGGAGCAUGGAAGAGAAGCAGCAGAGUUGGCUUCUAAUCAACACGCGGAAGUCAUGAAGAAGGUAACCAAGCUCGACGACGAAUGCAACCGACUUCGUACGCUGCUCCGCAAGAAGCUUCCAAGCUCCGCAGCGAUGGUACGGGUGAAGCAGGACGUGGAUGCUUCCGGAAGAGAUCAGCCUGGAAAAGUGAGUCCACGCAGGAGACCCUUAGGAAAAGGCCAAAGCGCAAUGGACCAGGCGCAAGUGGCCGCUGCACAAGAGAGUUUGCAGGCAUUCUUGGAGGUCAACGCUUCAGUUGAGAAGAUCCUCAACCUAGAGGAAGAAACAAGAAUGCUCAAGGAAGCCCUUGCUAAGCGAAACGAUGAGCUACAGAACGCUCGCAUCAUGUGUGCGAAAACUGCCAGCCGUCUCUCAUCUGUGGAGGAAGAAGUUGAGGCACUGAGGGCAGCUUCAAAAUCUGUGUCACUGAUGGAGAAAGUAUCACCGGAGAAUUGGCCAUCGAAUGUAUUAGCUUUGAGUGAUUCGUCUCCGAAAGGACUCGCCUCCAAACGUGACACUUCCCUCAACUUUGAGCUCAUGGACGAUUUCGAAGAAAUGGAACGGUUGGCGAAUUCGCAGCCUCAAUCGUUGUCGAUAUCAGGCUCCGAGCAUACAGUAGAGACUGCACUUAUCGUGUUUGGUGCUGUUGACGAAUCUAGUCAUCAGCUCCGGAUUGUGAGGCUUGAGGAGGUACUAGCUGUGAAGGACCGGGACCUUGAGGCAGCGAAACAAAUGUGCCACGAGCUUAGUAAAAAGCUUUCUGUGGCCGAGGAGCAGCCAUUGUUUUUUCAAAACAGGAAUGCGGUUAAUGAGCAGUCGGUUAUUGACUUGCAAGACAGGUUAGAUUUGUUGUUGGAGGGCUCAGAAAAUUCUAAAGAGACCUCUUCUGUUUCUGGCAAUGACGAGAUUGGUGUGGUGGUUCGGAAGCUGGUGCACAUCACUGAAGCUCUUGCUCAAGCCACUGGGACUGAAUCUGCUCCUCCUACAUUAGGGCACCAUGUCGCUACGAAUGAUAGCAAUAAUGUUAUUGUCUCGUCCCUGCGUUGGCAAGACGGUGCAUUGGACGCUUCGAUGAGCAGGCUGGUUCAAGCUGCAAAUGGGUACUUCGAAGGUGGUGCAGAUGUUUUGAAGUUUGUGAUGGAGCUCAUGGCCGCGUUAGAUUGCAUUCUGAUUAUUCACAUUACUGCCAACGAAGAAACGCGGAAAGAAAGGGAUGUGUCAGGGCGUGAACGGUUGGCCAUAUCCAUGGAGUUAGAGUCUGCAAGAGUGACCAUAUCGCAGCUGGAAGAGGAGCUGUGCAGAUUACGAGCAGAGCAGGUGGAUUUACAGUGGAAACUUCAAGUGGAAACGGGUCGGUCUCCACAGCUUGAAGCUGAGAUUGAGCGAUUGAGGACGGAGAAGGCUGAGCUAGACAAUAAUUUGUCAGAAAUGGACCAACAUCUUGUCGAGGCUAAUGCCAGAGUGGAAUCCUUGAGGGUGCGGUUGGGUGAAUCUGAGACUCUUGUGAAGGAAUUACAAACUCGACAGGUUGCCUACAACAAUGUGGAGAAAGAGGAUGAUAUGAUAGAGCGAGAACUCUUGGAGCUGUCAUCUCCGAAUCUGGCCCUAUCCGUGAGCAUGCGAGCUGCAGAUGCUGAGAUGCAUCAGCUCCAAGAUAAAGUGGCCGCUUUAGAAGUCGAGUUGCAGGGUGAGCGGCGUCGACACCAGGAGGUUGUUUCAAAGCUUGAAGAUAUGCAAGAACAAAUCCAUAGGGGAGUUGGACGAAUGGAACACUCAUCAGGAAGAAGCAUAAAUAGCAGAGAAGACGAGAAUAAUUUGCAACCUGCUGUGGUUGAAGACGACACAGCCAGAAGUGAACGGAAGGAGAAGGAGAUCGCAGCAGCUGCAUUAGCCGAGUGCCAACGUACCAUCUUAACUCUUGGCAAGCAGCUGAGGGUACUUGGCCUUCAGGGCUCAUUGAAUGAUUUACCGCUCACUAAUCCCUCCUCCCCCGAUUCUAUAGAGAAAAUGACCCACGCUAUGGAGUUUCUUCGGACACAAGCAGACCUUUCAGCCGACGUUCCUGCUGCCCCCUCAUCCCCUGGGACCAGCCUCAACUGGGCUUCGAAACUAGGACGUUCCAGCCUCCCAGGUACAUUUUACCGGCAAACCAACAAUGGAUCAGGAUCAUGCAAAAAUGGAGCAAAUUCUUUAACAGAUGGGCCGUCGCUUCUCAACUGUGCUGAACAAUCCGACUCCGGGAAUUCCAUUCCGGACACACCUUCAUCACCCGCUUCACCAGUACGUGUGAUGCGAAGCGUUCGCACUAUUCGUGGAUCGGCUUCAAAUAUGAAAGCGACAAGUGACAACGCAAAUACUGAAGGGAAAAGCCUGGAUCCGAGUGGCACUGCACCGACAACACCGUUCAAACGGUUCUACUCCAGGUCUCAGAGUGAGACGAGUAUGUCUUCUGAUCACUCUAAUCCUGGACCAGUGUAAUAUUCUCAUUCAACUACGGAGUUACAAGUGGUUAAUUAAUAACAUCGAUACUGAGGAAUUGCAGAUUCAAUUCCUAGUUAGUGUGACUUCGAGUGCUGAUAAUUGAUGGGGAAAAUGACUUUGUUGAAGCAAGUUGCUAAUAUCAUGCGGCGCUAGUAACGACGGUUAUGAGUCUACCAGAGGAGAGCUUCGCCACUUCAGUUUUACACCCCUGCCGCCUCAAUGAUCCUAUGUAUAUAAUUGCAGUUUCAUAUAGUGUAUAGGUUUCAGGUUAGCUUCCCCCACAGUUUUAGUGACAAUGGAGAGAAAGUGAGUCAGCAGCCAACUAGAUAUGUGGCGUUGUUACGGUAGAGUAAUUGAUGAAUGAUCAGUUUCUCAGCCAAAGUGCUCAACAAUCUACCUGGUUCUGUGAUUGUGCGCAAUGGCUUGAGAUGUUUGGGUUCAGUACCCUCAAAUCUGCCUAUGAAACUGUAUGGAUGUCCAGAUGCUGAUUGGUAUUUAGUAUUUAGUGUACUGAUUGUCCAGAUGCUUGGAGUCGAGCAUUAGGUGGUGAGGCACAAAGCUGCUGUAUGAGCCAGAAUGUGCCAACAAAGGGCUAGAUUUCACUGUAACUGAUGGAAUUCAAUGGAUACCCAUUGUGAGGUUGUGGAACAAUACAAAACCUAUUGGGGUUUUGUACUCCUUUACCUUGCUUACCAUUGACUGGUAUGAAUGAAGCCUGCUUUGCCCA